AUGAGUGUUACUGACAAUGAACUUAUUCAAAGUGGAUCGUUUGACCCAUACAACACGUGGAGGACACUUGUCACUCUCAACCCAGUCGCUGAUUUUGAUCAUAUGAGCGAGGAAGAACGGACUGUUGCUAUUUGUUUGGAGACGUACGAUGGCAAACUUCGAAACUACAGAGGCUCGGUUACUUUUGAUCGAUUUGCAAACACGGCUUCCUAUCACUUUCUCUUGUCCGUCUACCAUGUCAAGGAUGUCAAGAACCCAGGCGGAAAGACGUUGGAAGAGGAGCUGGCCGAUACCAUUGAUAUUAUCCCACUCCGUUUGACAAGUCGAUUCACGUGGUCGACUGAUGCGGAAAAGGUGAAAGACCUCUGA